AUGUCUGCAAAGAGAUUUCAGUAAUGUCAGUAAAAGUACCCCCCAAUCCCAAAGAACAAAAUUUCAUUGCAAUAUGGAGUGCAAUGUCAAGACCAGGCUCCCCUGUAUCCUUUCAGUGUCUUGCUCCUCCCAAUACAUCUGUGUGUCUGGACACAUUUACUGUCUCCCUUUCUGCCCUGCUGGUGACUUGCUUUGGGACAAACCAGUAUUUUUUUUCCCCCCUAUAUUCAAAUUCAAGGUGGUCUGAAAACAUACCUGCAUUCUGCAGUAAGAAUCCUUGAUAAAACUAAUGCAACAAUAAAUGAGGUAUUCUGUCAAUCUGUCAUGUGAGGAUUGAGCUUUUGUUAUUUCAGUAAUAAUUCUAGGCUUUAUUUGUAUUCAGAGAAUACUUUGAAAUUAAGGCAUUCUAUUGGACACCUGACUUCACUUCUAAGGUUGUCUUUUUCUGCCAUCCCAGCUAUUCUAACAUGUUAUCUUUCCAUCUUAUUACCAAACCCCAGAACUUUAAAAGUAAGUGUGUUUUAUCAGAGAAAAAAUUACACCAAUCUAAUGUCCUUCUUCAAAGUGAAGUAGGUGUGGUGUGUGAACAUCAGGGAUGUCUCUAGUGGUUUGCCUUUCCCACAGGUCAGGAGACAGACAUUAACUGAUCUCCCAAAGCAGUCAUGAAGCACCCUCCCAGACUAUUCCUAAAUGCUGUUGUACUUGUCAUACUUGUUCAAAACCCUCUGUUAAUCCUGGUAUUGCAACUACUUUAGCAUUCUGGCCCUCAAAAUAUCCUGUGGAUGAGAGCAGCACUGGCAUAUUUACUGAUGUUUUGGGUGAACCAGUCUGUGUGCAGGGACCUUCAAUGAAGUACAUUAUAAAAAAUGUUCCCAUCUGUCAUUUCAAAUACAUUUUAAAUCACUGUCUCAGAACAAGUCCAUUCAAAUGUAACCUAAAUCAUACCCAAGCCUGUAAACUAGAUUCUCUGUGUGUGACAAGACUAUUUUAAUAAUUACACUGGAUAGUUUAGACAGAUAUAUUGAAGACAUUUAUAAAAGUGACCUUUAUAAUAAGUCAAAUUUAUCCUUGCUAAGUAAUACUAAGCAAGGCUCUGCACUGCCAGUAUUCCUUUAGCAUUGCAGGUGGGGCUGGUUCUGAGUGCUCUCACAGCCCUCAAUGGCCCUGACCAACCUCACCUGGGGCCUCCACCCACACCUCCUGCCUACAUGGCCCAGGUGCUCGGUGUAAGAUCAGCCCUGGGCCUGGGGCUUUUUGGCUCUGCUUUAUUGAUGCAAGUUUCUCUAGAAAUUUGGGUUCUUUGUUGAACUUGUCUGCUGUCCUAAUAUCUGUCUUGUAGCAUUUGUUUGUGUACUGUAGCGUGGCUUCUGAGUUUUUCUUGUUUUGCUGGGAGUGGUUUUGGUUGGGUUUUUGGGGUUUUUUUUCUUUCUUAAAAUCCUUGGGCUAGGGAAUAUUGCAGUUUCUUGGUGUAACUGGUUUUUGGUACUCUACUAGUCUUACUAGGAAUUUUCUAUGGGGACCCAGUCCAAGUUUGCACAUGGAUUCUUUUUGUUCUGUUCGCUCUAAAUUGCAAUAAACAAGUGGGUUGUAAUCUAGACUUUGUAUUCUUGAAGUUGUUACUUCCUCAUUUGAAAUUUUUUCUUUGCUCUGCUUGACACCUAUUUAAGUGUUCAUAGAAAGAUUACUAACUUUUUGGGAUUUUUGUACUCUUCUCUGGAUCAUUUUAACUUUAUGCUUUUCAAAGUCCAUUGUAACUCUCUCCAGUGUCUUUUUAGCUUUAAUUUGUGAAUCCAAUUAGCUCUCUAGCUGAUCUCUGCUAUUCUGAUACUGAGCUGAUUAAUUUUUAAUUGGUAUUUGUAUUUAAACUUUUAAUUUUCUCUUUGAGCCCUUCUUUACUAGCUGAGUUUAUUGACAGUGGAGCAUAUCUUCAGAUUAUUCUCAUCAUUCUGGAUUCUUUAACCUCUUCCUCAGUACUCACAGCUGAGCUACAUUCUGGUCUGAUGAACACCUCCAGAUUUUCAAGAGUGCUGCAAGAAGGAUCAGAAAAUGAACAUGAGGACCGUUGUUCACAAACCCACAUCCAUCUAAGUGAUAAUUCUCAAUAUGAACAUUCCAGGUCCUUGAACCCGCCAGCUUCAACCAUGCGCUGGGCUCUGAGGCGUUACCCGCACCCCCCGGCUCCCGCAGGGCGGGGCUGCCCGGCCGCACAGCCGGAGGUGGCGAGGCGCGGGCGGACCUUUCCUGAGCCCGUCAAGUCCGAACGGCAGGAGACAAAUCACACCAGUAACACACCAAGGAAAACUCCCGGCUUCGUCCUGUGUUGGUGGAUUUCUCCUUCAAACUCUUCCCAUUUGAAGACUUCCUGCCCAGCUGCAGUGAUGUGGUUGUUGGAAAAGAUCAGAGCAUCACAUGAAAAUGGAAACCUCCCCAGUUCUUCUUUCCUGGGACUACCACAAGGCCAAAAUCUGCCAGAAAAAGCUCAAUUGAGGGCUGCUGCUUUUCCAAAUGUGAUCACUCCUGACAGAAUCCCUGAAUUCUGCAUUCCCCCCAGGCUGACCAGCUCUGGCUCCAUUAAGGGCAGUGGCUUCCACCAGGAUCACAGUUCAGUGGAUGCAGCUCUUGCUUCUGAUUAUAGCCCCAGCUCUUGCCCACAUCUCAUUCAGGUGGAAAGUGUUGAAGAGGAGAUCUCUGCCUUGGAGGAAGAAAGCACCAAUGCAGACCCACAGUCCCAAGCAGCACUCUCCCUGCCCCACUUUCCCAGAGCCCCCACUUCCUAUGGUUUCUGCACUUUGCUGGAGAGUCCCCACACCAGGAGGAAGGAGUCCAUCUUCCAUGGUGAUCCACGUGGUGCUCUGCCCAGCCUGAAGCUGUCUCGAUCCAGAGCUAACACCUUCAGUGGCAAAGGGAGUAUGUCUAAUCCCAUUGCUAUCAGCUUUGCUUCUGUGAGACUGCCGCCCAAGCAUCUCUCUCUGCACAGGCAAGGUGCCUGUGACAGUGACACUGCCUCUUCCAGUGAUUCCUCUCCAUUCAGUUCUCCACUUCUCAGCAGGUCACCUCCCAGACCCUGCUCCCUGAUCAAGGCACAAAGUCAGGAGGGAUUGCUCUGCAGAGCACUGAAGGACAAGAGCAAAUACAUUAUGCCCAGGAACAAUUCUCUCUCUACAGAGGAGAGCAGCUCCACUGAUAACAGCCCCAGUGCCAUCAGGAGAGCCUCUGAGGGGCUGCUUGGCAUACAGAGCUUUAGCACCUCCUAUUCUCCCAUGUUUCCAGUGGACCUGACCUGCAGUCGGGAGAGACUGGUGGGAGAAAGUACUGUGGUAAUGGACAAGGGAGGUGUGUUGAGGCUGUCAGCUGAAUACUGCUCAGAGAACGAAAGGCUGCGGAUCCGCCUGAUCAGUGCAGAGGGUUUAUAUGAUGAUUCUGUAGAGCCCAAAACCAUAAACUGCUGUAUCUCCUUCUCCCUGGUGCCAGGGAAAACACAGAAGCAGAAAAGCACAGUUAUAAAGAGAAGCAGAAAUCCCAUCUUCAAUGAGGACUUCUUUUUUGAUGGCAUUGCGGAAGAAGAUCUGUACAGCCUCUCUGUCAGGAUGAAAGCAACAAAUAAAGGGUGCAGUAUGAAACGAGAUUAUACCUUAGGAGAACGGGAAUUGUCUUUAAUGAGUAUGUUGUCAGUGUAGUGCUUCAAAUAGUCAAACAAAUUGUCUUCUGAAAGUUUUCUACUAAAUAAAGUUUUAGGUUGACUUUUA